AUGGUCCUGUUAUGGGACAAAUUAGAUGUUUUAAGCACAGCAGCGUCCACUAUAUAUAGUGCCAUAUCAUUACGAUGGAAUCAUAACUCACAGACAGCCACUGGAGAUUACUGUUCGGAAACAAAACGAGAAACCAUGAAGUACCUCCUUGUACUUUGCUGUAUCGCUGUCGCGGUCGUUGCAGAAGAUAAAUACACGGACAAAUAUGACAACCUUGACUUGGAUGAAAUCCUGCAAAAUAAAAGGCUGUUAGAUGCCUACGUCAACUGUAUAAUGGACCAUGGCAAAUGUACUGCAGAAGGCAAGGAGCUAAAAGAUCACUUGCAAGAAGCUAUUGAGACUGGUUGCGCCAAAUGCACAGAAAACCAAGAGAAGGGAUCUUACAAGGUGAUUGAGCAUCUGAUCAAGAACGAGAUUAAAAUCUGGCGUGAGUUGACAGCCAAGUUCGACCCUAAAGGAACCUAUAGGAAGAAGUAUGAAGACCGUGCAAGAGCCGCCGGUAUUGAAAUCCCUGAAUAA